AUGAGGGCUAUCUGGCUUCAGAGAGGCACAUUUUACGUCGGCCUUCCUCCGGCGAUAGGCUACACUGCAGUUUCAAGGCAGACGUCCGAGUCUUCUAAAUACAAGGGCAAACCCGAGAGAGCAGCCCUGCGCGGGGUCAAGUUUAUCGACAUCGAGCCAACGAGGAAGAGAGGGGUCGACAAGGAGGCGGCCGAUGCUCAGGAGGUUCGAAGGAACCUGGACAGCAAUGCAUACAAAGAGUGGCCAAACAAAGCGGGCUUCGACGGCCUGACCGAGCAGAGGGGCCCUAUCGAGCUCGAGAUCAAGGGAGAGAUUCCCGCGUGGGUAGCCGGCUCGCUGUACCGCACCGGUCCGUCCGGCUGCAAGGUUGAGGACGACAAGUCGGGCACGUUUCACAUCUCGCAUUGGUUCGACGGACUUGCACACACUCACCGGUUCGACAUCAUGACUGGACAAGACGAGGACGGCAGGAACAAUGGGAGCAAUGAAGGGUCUGGCGUCCGGGUUUUCUAUUCAUCCCGUCGACAAUGCGAGGCCAUGGUAAACGAUAUCAGAUCCAAGGGCAUCAUCAACGGCAUCUCGUUCGCGCAGCGCGCCGACCCGUGCGUGGGCAUUUUCGGAAAGGUGCAGACCAUGUUUCACCGCAAGAUCGAGACGUACAACAACAUCUGCGUCACCAUCCAGGCCGGCUCGGCCGCCUUGGGCACCGCCCUUGACCGGAAGCGCGGCCGAGACACAGCCAUGUUGACGACGGAUGCCGCCACGCUGUCCGAGGUCGACCGGCAGACGCUGGAGCAGAUCAGGCUCGUCAUGCCUUCGGACCUCCAUCCUUCCCUAACGGGUAAGAUGGCGCCCUCGCACUGGCUGACGGACCCCGAAUCCGGAGACAUGUUUAACAUCAACCAGGACGCGGGCCCAAUCGGGGACAACUACCGUGUGUUCCAGGUCAGCGCGUCGACGGGCAAGACAUCGAUCCUGGCCAAGUUCAAGGCAAAGCUGGCGUAUAUACACAGCACCUUCAUCACGGGCAACUACGUGGUGGUCUGCGUCCCGACAGCGCACUUUGUGCUCGACGGGCUCAAGAUAUUCCUCGAGGGCAACCUCCUGGACGCCAUGUCGCCGUUCAACCCGGCAGAGCCCUGCCGGUGGUACGUCAUCGACCGACGGGGCGGCAAGGGGGUCGUCGCCAAGUUCACCUCGGACGCUGGCUUCUUCUUCCACUCGACGAAUGCGUACGAGGACGAGAAGACGGGCGAUGUGGUGUGCGAGAUGGUGUCGUACAGGGACACCAGCAUCCUCAAGGCCCUGUACUACGACGUGCUGCUGGACCGGAACGGCACGGGCGGGGGCUUUUGGGCCAAGCACGACGCACUCCCGGCGCUGACGCGGUUCCGGCUGCCCAUGACGAUCGGCAAGGGCAAGGACGCGAGGCCGCGGGGACCUGACGAGGUGGCCAGGGUCGAGCCGGAGCUCCGCAUCCCCACGCCGCACGCGGGCGAGCUGCCGACCAUCAACCCGGCGUACGCCUGCCGGCGGCACAAGUUCGUGUACGGGCUGGUGCACCGCGGGCUGAGCACGUUCCUGGACGGCAUCGUCAAGACGGACACGCACACGCGCGAGGCGGUGCUCUGGGAGGGCCCGUCUGGACACAGCCCUGGCGAGGCCGUCUUUGUGCCGAGGCCGAGGGCCGAGGGGGACCAGGACAACGCCGAGGACGACGGGGUGUUGCUCAGCGUGGUUCUGGACGGCCACAACAGGCACAGCUACCUGCUCUGCCUGGAUGCGAGGACGAUGAAGGAGCUUGGACGGGCAGAGUGCCAGUUUGCGGUGGGCAUUGGCUUCCACGGACAGCACGUCACAGGCAGCCAGUAG